AUGUCAUCGCUCGUCUCGGACUUCAUAAUAAAUCCAGUUCUCCGCCAGGCUCGCCGGUUUUCAGAGGCAUCCCGCGCCACCCUGAGCGGUAGUCGAGAUGAGACCAAAGAUAGCGAUCAGCUCAACGACAACCCCAUGACUGAUGAUGAAGCACACCACGAUGAGCCGGCAAUUGCCAGGGUUGUCUCCUCCGAGUCCGCGACCUUACGCCCCUUGAGCUCAUCGACACAAGAAACCAGAGUGGAGGAGCCCAUACCAGCCCAAACCCCUCCUCGUACAACCCCCAUGGUCCUCGACGGCAGCCCCACUGAUCACCUGGGCUUUCCAAUAAGUAAACGAAGGAACAGUUUGAUCCCGGAGGACGACGGCAUGCGUGAGCUGAGAAAACGGAUACAUGCUAUACAUGCCCGUGAUAUUGAGGCUCCGGAGAAGGCGAGGCUCAUGCAUGAUGCACUAUUAGAGAACUACAAUUCCUCAAGAGUCACUCCACAGGGCGCGAAGACUCCCGAAGCCCCCCGAUCUCCAGUCCAAAGACCAGAACAACUUCCCUCACCUCAAGGACCUCUCGAGUCUCUGAAGUUCUGGCAGAACCAACCACAUGAAGCUCUAGGGCCUUCGCCGGCCGACUUUGUUCUCACAGAGCUCGACAGAGCACCCAGCUUUGCCCCAGUACGUCGGCCUAAGACUUCUGGGAUAGAGACACCCCAUAUCGAACCUGCUCUUUCAUCAGUAACUGAAACGGUUCCUCAACUCGGUUGUCCACAUUAUGAACGGAAUGUGAAACUUCAAUGCGCCACAUGCGACAAGUGGUAUCCAUGCCGCCUAUGUCAUGACAAUGAAGAAGACCACAAUCUGCCUCGGUUUGAGACAAAACACAUGCUAUGCAUGCUCUGUGAGACACCACAAAAGGUCUCUGAUGUAUGCAUCAACUGUGGUGAACUUGCCGCGAGUUACUAUUGUGGUGUAUGCAAACUCUGGGAAAAUCGCCAAUCAAAACCGAUUUAUCACUGUAGCGAUUGCGGCAUAUGCAGGCGCGGCUUUGGACUCGGAAAGGAUUAUGUCCAUUGCAAGACGUGCUGCGCAUGCAUCCCAACCUCCAUUGAACUGUCACACAAGUGCAUAGAGCGCUCUACAGAUUGUGAUUGUCCAAUCUGCGGAGAGUACAUGUUCUCCUCUCCUCGCCCUGUAGUGUUCAUGGCGUGUGGUCACAGCAUUCAUAAGAAGUGCUACGACCAGCACAUGAGAUCGUCUUACAAAUGUCCCAUAUGCAACAAGAGCCUCGCCAAUAUGGAGACACAUUUCCGAAACCUGGAUGUGGCUAUUCAAGGACAACCGAUGCCACCGGAAUUUCGAGAUACCAAGGCAGUUAUAUUAUGCAACGACUGCUCGGGAAGAAGCACCGUUCCCUACCACUGGCUUGGGCUAAAAUGCUCCAUCUGUCGGUCUUACAACACGGCAGAACUUCAGAUACUCGGAGGUACGAGCCGCGAACUUCAAGCUGCUCUUGCAGAAACGUCAGAGGAGGCUGGACCAGACGCAGCUCAACCUAGUGUCGCAACCGCCCCCAUCACUGAGUCCCGUGACGGCGUAUCGAUAGCAGGCAGGCGCAGGCAUUCGUCCAGGGGCAUUGAAUUGCAGCGGAGAGCGUCGGAAAUCAUCGUGGGCUCUUUCCCGCCCAUAACCAUUCGCUACGACUCUCAUUUGGGCCAGAUCCCAUCAGAUAGCGAGUCUGAAGGCGGUAUGCUAGGAUUCUGGGGCGGAGCAAUCGACGACGACGAUUCGGAUUAUCAAGACGACUCGAGUAAUGCAAGUGAAUCUGAGGAAGAGGACGACGACGAUGAUAUUGAAAACGAUCUAAUUCUCAUUGGGCAUCGAUAA